CACUCUGCUCACCUUUGCCAGGGGUUUGUUUGCUGAUCUGAGGCGGAGAGCUCCCAACGCUUGCGCUGUGGAGAGGCGGAAAAACACCGAGCGUGGAGGCAGGAGAACGUGGGGAUCCUGUGUGGGACAGUAAAGGCAUUCCUGGGGAGCUGGGACCUGCUCAGAGCCUGCUGCUUCCCUUCUGAAUAGAUCACCACUGAUGAAGUGGGGUCUGGGUGCCAGUACUGGGGCAUUUGCACUGAGCAUCCUUCUCCAGAGUAGCUGGUGGCCCUUGGUACCCUGCCGUGCCCUCUGUCUUUGAAGAGGAUUCCAGUCUUGUGACCCCCAGCAGUCCUUCUCCUGAAGAAAAUCCAGUUUUCCGUGCCACAACCCCCACCAAAAACCAUGGAGAAGUUUGUAUCAGAAAGGCCUGUUCCUGUCUCUAAGAAUGAAAUCCCUACUCUUCCUUCCCAGAAGAAGCCAGAUACCAACUCAUGCCCUCAUGCACCUGCCAAGUCUUUUGUCACUGGUGGGGUGGACACUGAGAACUGCAAGGCUAAUGAGAAGGAGAGGCAGUGGAUCCGCCCUGACACACCCAGCAAAUGCACCUGGAAGCUUGGGAAGCCCCUCUCUGCCUCCCCCCACCAUCAUGCCACCCUGCCAGAGCCUCUGAAGAUCCUGCCCAGCAUCCUGAAUAAAGUUGGCAAUACUCCUUUGGUGCGGAUCAACAAGAUUGGGAAGCACUUUGGGCUCAAGUGUGAACUCUUGGCCAAGUGUGAGUACUUCAACGCCGGGGGCAGCGUGAAGGACCGCAUCAGCCUCAGGAUGGUGGAGGAUGCUGAGAGAGCUGGGAUCCUGAAGCCUGGGGACACCAUCGUAGAGCCAACCUCUGGGAACACAGGGAUCGGGCUGGCGCUGGCGGCGGCAGUGAAGGGUUACCGCUGCAUCAUCGUCAUGCCAGAGAAAAUGAGCAUGGAGAAGGUGGAUGUCCUGAGAGCUCUGGGUGCUGAGAUUGUGAGGACCCCAACUACAGCCAGAUUUGAUUCUCCUGAAUCUCACGUGGGAGUAGCCUGGAGGUUGAAGAAUGAAAUCCCCAAUGCACACAUCCUGGACCAGUACCGCAAUGCCAGCAACCCCCUGACCCACUACGACACCACAGCUGAGGAGAUCCUGCAGCAGUGUGAUGGAAAGGUGGACAUGGUGGUGGCCACGGCUGGCACAGGAGGGACCAUCACUGGCAUCUCCAGGAAGCUGAAGGAGAAGUGUCCUGGGUGCAAAAUUAUAGGUGUGGAUCCUGAAGGCUCCAUCCUUGCUGAACCAGAAGAACUGAACAAGACUGACAAGACAAUGUAUGAAGUGGAAGGAAUUGGAUAUGAUUUUGUCCCCACAGUGUUGGAUAGAUCUGCAGUGGACCAGUGGUACAAGAGCAAUGAUGAGGAGUCCUUUGCCCUGGCACGGAUGAUGAUCCGCGAGGAGGGGCUGCUGUGCGGGGGCAGCUCGGGCAGUGCCAUGUCUGUGGCUGUGAAGGCAGCCAAGGAGCUGAAGGAGGGUCAGCGCUGUGUUGUCAUCUGCCCUGACUCCAUCAGGAACUACAUGUCCAAGUUCUUGAGUGACAAAUGGAUGAUUCAGAAAGGGUUCAUAAAAGAAGAAGACCUUGGCAACAAACCCUGGUGGUGGAACAUCAGCAUUCAGGAGCUGAGCCUCUCUGCCCCCCUGACUGUGCUUCCAACUGUUACCUGUGCAAAAACUGUGGAAAUUCUCCGGGAGAAGGGAUUCGACCAGGUACCAGUUGUUGAUGAAUCUGGGGUGAUCCUGGGCAUGGUUACCCUGGGUAACAUGCUUUCUUCACUGCUUGCUGGAAAAGUUAAGCCUUCUGAUGAAGUCAGAAAAGUAAUCUACAAGCAAUUUCAACAGAUUAACCUGAAAGACAACCUGGGGAAACUCUCUCACAUCCUGGAAAUAGACCACUUUGCUCUGGUGGUUCAUGAACAAAUUCAAUAUCACACGGAUGGCUCCUCCAGCAAGCGGCAGAUGGUGUUUGGCAUCGUGACAGCCAUCGACCUCCUGAACUUCGUCACCGCGCGCGAGCGGGAGAGGAAAUCCAACUAAAGCCAGCAGCAGCCUGGAGCCUCCUCAGCAUCCUGCAGCCUCAAACAAAGAAUCAGGGUCAUGCCUUAAGUAGAAUUCUUUUUUUUCCCCUUUUUUUUUUUGUGUUUUUUCUUUUUUAAUUCUGAAAAUCAGCAGUUAGCCAUCCUGCUGUCAGCUACCCAGCCAAUGUGUCUUGCUGCAUUGCCCAGCUUCUGGGACCUUGUUUCUUAAUCAGGCUAAGCAAUAUUUCUUAUCAAGACAAUGUUUUUUUUUUUUUACAUAUAUAUAUAUAUAUAUAUAUAUAUAUGUAUGAGUAAAAAAUAUUGCCUAAAUUAACUGGGUUUUUUCCCUUACUCAUUAUGUCUAAAGGCUGGCUUCCCAAAAUGUUGUUUCAGAAUCAAAAAAUGUGUUGAAAUUAAGAGUUAGUUACUGAAGCAGAGGCCUAAGAGAGCUCUGGAAAGUUCUGGAUUUUUCCCCCCCUAUUUAAGGAUGUUAAGUUAGAUAUUACCUGUGUGGAGACAAAAUUGGGACUGGAGCAUGGAGCAUGGGGAGAAGAAAGGAGGGUUUCCCUUUUGGUGGCAUCAUUGUAAAACAAGAAAAAAUCCUCAGGGCUGAAGCUGAGACUGGCUCUGCUCUGAGGAAAAGCUGGUUUGAGUAGAAGCAUGGCAGUGAAGUGACAAACAUCAGCCAGUGACUCUGUUUCACACAGUGCACCAGCUUUCCCUGCCAUGACAGACCUGGUUUUUUCCCAAUGGCAUCCUGAUAAGUAAGCACAAGUAAGGAAAGAUUUAAAAGGUAAGAUCAAGCAUCUUGCCUGAAGAUUUUUUAAAAUCAUGCUGUUUCAUCUGUUACCUUCCUCUUCCCUGCCCAUUUAUCUCAGAGUGCCUUUUUUUGUGCCUGUUUCAGGAGAGCCAAAGAUAAUCUGUCAGGAGCUGUGAACUCUUCCAGGUCUUGUUCAGGUGCUCCUACCCUGUAGUGCCUGAUUCCAGGAGAAAAGCCCUGCACUGGUUACCCCUUCAGAUUGGGUCACUUGCCUUCAGCAAUAGCCCUAUCCUUACCCUAAACUGUGGUUUGCCAUUAAGUUCAUACACUUCUUUAAGAUUUAAGACAGUUUUCCCCAAGGCUCUGGGGAAAAAAAACUACUAUAAAUCAAAAAAUUUACAACUUCAAUAGUAAUUGAAAGUUUCUAAAGGGUGAUAAGUUUCUUUCUGCCAUUGUAGAUGACACUGCUGCUAGAUUUUGGCAUUGCUUGGAAUAUUUACUUUACUGGCUUUUACCUGAUUUUUCCCCCAUUUUCCAUCUGACCUUUGCUGACAGCAGCAGGGAGGGAGGUGCUUGAAUAGAUGAGGUUUGUCCUUUUCCCGUGUCAAACCUGACCUAACUGAAUUCAGCAAGAAAUAUGAAAAUGGGAGAAGGAGGUUUCCAAAGCUUCUUUUCAAAGCAGCACAAGAGGGGAGUUAAAGGUGGGGCAGCAAAAAAGUUAGCUAUGUAGAAGUGUAAAGAUUUGAAUCUGUUUUUCUGCUUCACUGUUCAUAGAUUAAUCCCUGUAGUGCCAUGGAAAGUGGCAGUAUUGUGGGCUGAGGCACAGGGGUGGUUAGAAAUGGUGGGGAACAGGGGAUGGGAGACUAAACCAUCCCAAGUAAGCCAAAGGAUCCAGAGAAAUUCACCUUCUCCCCUGGGGUUUGCUAAGAACAGGAGCUGCCUCCUACUCUGCCCUGGCACAGGGGGGAGAAGGCUUUUCUUAUUCCUCAUGGUGAGACCAGAGGAACUGGGCAAAUAAAUGAUGUUGCUGCACCACUGAAGAACUUUCCAGAGCUCUUUCCCAUGGUAGGGGCGAAGGCAGCAAAGGGAAGGGAACAGGGAAUCCAGCAGGGCUGAAGUUCCUGUGCAGAACUUUGUGAAUGUGAUGCUUUUUUGCAUGUCUAAGAACCUCAUUGCUGGCCUGGUCCUAGUUAGUUGUAGUAGGGCUGAUUAAAACUGGGCUUAGCUUUGUUUUAAAUACUCUGAAGACCAAGAAAGACACUGCAGUUUGUUCACUGAAAUUGAAGGCCAGAGCCUGAACAGAACUGUAUUUUAUUUCCUGAAGUGAGUGCCUGCAUCUUCUGUUUACCUUUGCUGCUGUUGCAAGCACUGACUAAACCUGAAAACUAUUUUGCACAUGGUUAUUUUUAUCAACAAUUUAUGCUGUAUUUGUCACUGUAAGAGAUUAUCAGUCCUAAUGUUGGCUCUGCAAAAAUACUUUUUAUUUUCUCACCUGAAGACAGCUGCUCAGUAAAAUCUGUACAAUACUUUGCAAGCAGUUACCAGGCAAUGACUUAAGGUUCAUUUUCACAUUGUCAUGUCCAGUGUUAUUUCCCAUUUCUUGUACAAGCUGUGGCUGACUCCAGAACUCUGGCUAGCAGGGGUUCCUCUGAGCAGCCAGACCAAUCUCAUCUACCCACCAAGCUCAUUUCUGAAAACUUCUGUUUGCUGUAAAUCUCACACAAGGCUCACUGUCAGAAGUUUCCUGACAUUGUCCCUGUCAUCCAACAGCUUUUCUUACUGUGCAGUGUCAACCAAGGGAAAGGGAAGACUCCUUAUGCUUCAAGGAGCUGGGAAAAAUCACCACUAUGAGCUGUAUUUAUUGCACAGAUGUUCACAAAUGUACCAUACAAAGAGUUCAAUAAAAGCUGUUUGAUUGCA